AGCACACGCCUCGCGCAAGCUUUAGCAAGUAACCACCCCUUGCCACUUACCAAGCUACCUACAUAUCUCGCCAUGGUUCGGUAUCUCCUUGCUGUGGACCAGUCAGCGUUUGCCGAGAACGCGUUCUACGCGGCCGUCUCGAUGAUGAUCGACUCGGGCUCCCAGGACAACGAGCUCAUCAUUUUCUCUGCGGCCAAGCGGAGCCAACUCGGGACGUACGGCGCCUGGGGACUCGGCGCCACUGCCAUUGCCGGAGUCAACACGCAGGCGCUGAUUGAGACCGAGAACGAGCGGAGCCUUGCACUCGCACGCGGCAUUGUGGCGUCUUACCUCAAGCGGGCACACGAGGCUGGGAUCAAGGCGCGCGGGCUUUGCGGGCUCUGCGACCACGUGGGCGAGCUCAUCUGCGACGUGGCCGAGUCGCGCGACUGCGCGUUUAUCAUCAUCGGGCGGUCAGGCAUGGGCAAGGUCAAGCGGUUCUUCCUCGGCUCUGUCUCGGACUAUGUGCUCAAGCACGCACACGCGCACGUCAUUCUCAUCAAGGGCACGCCGUCGCCAGCGAUCGAGUCUGAGAUGUCGCUCGACGAUGUGCGGGCGCUCGAGGAGCAGGCGCGCAGCGAGAAGAUCCACGACGAGGAGGAGCAGAAGAAGCUCGACGAGCGGUCGUCGUUCCUUCGGUCGGCGCUUGACCUGCACAUCACAGCCAUGGCCGAGGAGUCUGAGCGGGCGCGGCGGAUCAAGGCCGAGGGCGGCGUGGAGGAGCACGGCGGAUCAUCGAUUCGGGCGGCGGUUGUCGCCGCCGAGGAGGCCGAACGGGCCGAGCGUAUCGCUGAGGACGCCGCCGCCGACGCCGCCGAGCGGGCUGCCUCCAACUCCUCGCUCGCCUUUACCAAGCAAGCCGAGGAGGCCGAGCGCCGACGGCGCCUUGCCUCGGACCCGCCGGUCUCAGCCCUGGGCAUGGCGGUCAACGACUACCUGCUGCAGGUGCAACUCGUCAACCGCGGCCUACAGGUUCCGCAGUAG